GCUCCGGAUGUCACACUUGUGGGCCCAACUAGUCAGUGUUGCCCGUACACACACCCUGCCCCCUACCACUGAGCUCUUUUGCCAGCGCUGUACAUAAACACACUACGUUCUCGCAGAUCGUGUGGACGAUUUUAACCGAUAAUCCCAGGCUGUCUCAGGCAGCAGUCGAGCCGCAGGCAGCCAUCGGUUGACCACGCCGUGCCGCGGCUGGAAACUGACAACCGACGGGGGUGAGGCGCCCCCGCCUGGGCACCUCGGCUGCCACGAACAGGGUGCCGAUCCAUACAUAUCCAUACAUAUCCUCCUCAGACAUCGCAUCAAUCAGUCGAAAGAAAAUGGGCCGCGGGUUUCUCAAGGGUCUCCUGCCGCCGAAGUCGAAGCCCCUGGACAUAUCAAACCCGAUGGUGUCGCCGUCGCUGGGCGCCAAGCUGACCCGCAAGCAGCUCGACGAGUACGUGCCAAAGCCCCAGCCAUACUACAUCUUCUCGGGCUCGAGAUGGCAACGCGUCAACCCGCCAGCCACGGGGCCGGUACCGGGGCCGGGCGCGGAUGACAAGGCCGGGAUCACGAACCUGCGCCUCCUGACGUGGAACAUCGACUUCAUGGCGCCGUUCCCGCAGGCCCGCAUGGCAGCGGCGCUCGCGUACCUGCAGACGGUGGUCGAGGGCGUCCCCGAGCCGUCCACGACGGCGGUGGUCAUCUGCCUGCAGGAGCUGCGCCAGGACAUGCCCAUCGACCUGGACCGCCCGGUAAGCGCGGGCCGCUUCGACCCGCAGAUCGCCGACGACCUGCGGCAGGUGGCGGCCGCCGCCUGGGUCCAGGGGCGGUUCCUCGUCUCGGACCUGGCGACGGACCACUGGCGGUGCGGGUACAACUGCGUCACGCUCGUGGACCGGCGCCUCGGGUGCGCGGGCGCCUCGAGGCUGCCGUUUGUGAGCGAGUACAGGCGCGAGGCCCUGCUGGUUGACAUCCCCGUGGCGCCGCGGGCGGCAUCACCCUCGCCCUCCUCGCCCUCGUCCUCGUCCUCCCCCGGGGAGAAGCAGCAGCAGCAGACGGUGGGGUCCGUCCUGCGGAUAUGCAACGUCCACCUGGACUCGAUGGCGGGGAAGCCGCCCAUGCGGCCGAUCCAGUGGAAGGCCUGUGCGAAAUACCUACAGCGCGCGUCGGACGGCGUGGCCGGCGGCAUCCUCGCGGGGGACUGCAACGCGAACCAGGGCUACGACCUGACCCAGGCCGAGGAGAAUGGGUUCACGGACGCCUACCUCGAGACGGGGGGCGAGGAGGGCGACCCGAGGGGCCACACCUGGGGCCCGCAGAGCAAGAGCUCCAGGUUCCCGCACAAGAGGAUGGACAAGGUGUGUUUCUGUCAGCCGGGCCGGGGUGGUGGCGACGGCCAGCAGCUUCUGAAUCUCAAGAGCCUGGAGAAGAUUGGCGUCGGGGUCAAGAUCGGGGACGAGUCCAUCAGUGCGAAGCUUGCCGAGGAGGGAUGGCUGGAUUUCGUCACGGAUCACUAUGGGUUAAUGGCAGAUUUUGAGAUAGGAGAGGCGUGGAUCUUGGGUGUUGAAGCCUGAGGCUGAGAGGGGGAGGAAAUGUACGAGUGUGAACUACAAAGGGUGAACGAACGUGCUUCAGUUUGUGCGGCCAAUGUUCAGCGAUUUGGUAUUUUCUGGCUUCCACCAGCUUGGGUAGCUCAAUUCCCAUGUGCAUUUUGCCAGUGCUUUAUAGUAAAGAGAGAGGAGAGGAUUGGUUUCGUCAUUUCGUCUCUAAUCCACAUACAUAUAAAACCUA